GACGCAGACGUGUAGACACGCUGAAAUGUUUCGUAUUGUUAUGUUAAUACGCUGGUGUUGUGUCAAGCCGACAAGUUGCCAGCCUGUGAUGCUCACAUGCUCACGCACUGUCGCACUGAGACGGGGAAGUCGGGCCACUGGGCCUAUUUCAAGCUUGUGAAAGAGAGCGGAAGUCUUGCUCAUAUGGAAACUUUUGACACCAAAAUUUGAGGAGUGUCUUUCACGACAUGCGCUUGUGAGAGAUAGCCGCUGCACGACAGCUUCGCAAGUGUCGCGCGAGAGCUCCCGCGGGGGUAGCUUCUGGGCUGUUGACUUCGCAGCGAGGCUCCAUGAAGAUGAACCUUGAUAGUAAAUGUUGCCUUGGUUUUUCAACGAUCCUGAUUCCAAAGGGGCCAUGUUUCCUUUGAGGUACCUAACCGCUGCCUUUACUAGUUUUGCUUCUUGCAUGCCAAGCGCUCUCAGCAGUUUGUCGCCCUGAAGAGUUCAGGAGGUGGCCCCUAUUGGCCAGAUGUUGCUGAAAUCUCCUUGUCCAUCUCACUGCGGGCUCAGAACUGGCAACUGUGUAGUGCAACUGUGGCAACGAGGAGCAGGAACCCUGAGUGGGAACACCAGUUCCAGGCAUACAUCAUCAUCAUCAUCAAAGGUCUUCAAGGCAUCAGGAAGCUGCACUUGCCAACGUCGCCACAGAGGAAAACUGUCGUGCGCUGCAAACCAAAGGCGCCUUCGCACCCAGCACUGGCGCCGCUUGGUGGAGGAACCCAAGAUUCCAGCGGAGAUUCGACACUUUCUGGCGCAGAAUCCGCAGGUGACCUCUUUGGCUGGUCUGCGUGAGGCUCUCGCUGCGGAUGAAAAAGCUGGUUUGCAGCAAGUGAAGUUGUUUCGAAGCAUCAUUGAAAGAUUUACAGGCCCAGAAAAGAUGCGUUCAGAUGAGUUCAGAUGUGAUCUCUCUCUCCUAGCCUCCAGAGAGAUAGCUGCGCUACGUCCAGCCUGAGUCUGAAU